AUGACUCCACCAAUGGAACACAACGGCGAUUCCACGGCCUGUGAGUCUCAGAGAUCCAUUCCGACGCCGUUUGUCAGCAAGACAUACCAGCUCGUUGACGAUCACAAUAUCGACGAUGUGAUUUCCUGGAACGAUGCUGGAUCAUCCUUCAUCGUAUGGAAACCUACCGUUUUCGCCACGGAUUUGCUUCCCAAAUAUUUCAGGCAUAACAAGUUCUCCAGCUUUGUUCGCCAACUCAACUCUUACGGAUUCAGAAAAGUUGCACCUGAUCGGUGGGAAUUCUCGAACGAGUGUUUCCGAAGAGGCAAGAAACUACUUCUCUGUGAAAUUCAGCGAGGGAAUAUCCUCUCAGCAUCGCCGCCGGCGCCUUUGAAUGCCGCAGUAACUGCGACCGUUGCGGUUCCGAUCUUGUCGCCGUCGAACUCAGGGGAGGAGGAGCAAGUGAUUUCUUCGAACUCGUCAUCAUCGAGAGCGCGGGCGGAGCUAUUGGAAGAGAGCGAGAGGCUGAGAAAAGAGAACUUUAAGUUAAACAAGGAAUUAGAAGAGAUGAGAUCGCUCUACAGAAAUAUAUUCAAUCUCAUUUUGAAUCACGCAAACAUUGACGGCGGUUCGCAAGGUAGGGAAGAUGGUUACACAGAGGCGGAAACACUUCAUUUGAUGCCGAUGAGGCGUUGCUCCGGCGAGGAUGAAGCGGCAAUGGUGGUGGAGGAAAUGAACCCGAAGCGAGCAAGAGAGGAUGACACGGUGUUAAGACUGCAUCAGCCGGGCCAUGCGAAAGUGAAAUCAGAGCCGUUAGAUUAG